ACGGUUUGACGCCGGAACUGGUCUUUCCUGCACUACAUCUCUACCACGCGCACUCGCGUUUUGAAGGCAACGCUGCAAUCUCCACUGCUAAGCUUGACAUGUAGUAUUUUUUUUUCUCUACUGCCGGCAAAGCGGACUUCGAAGCUGCGAAUCUUUGAAGCUUUGACCACUUCCGCAAUUUGUUUCCUACGAUCACGGACCUAGGACGUGAACUUACGUACGGCAGCGUUGGGAAUUGUUCUGUUUGCGCACCCGGAUACUUCAGUGCGGCCUGUGCAGUGCUUAGACCACCGGCCCUUGCGAGACGAGCCGCUUGCCCACGUGGAUCGUCGCCGCAGCGGUGAAGCGUUAGAGAAGUGCCUGACUCCGUGUCAAGGAGACUGCACUCUCCAGUCACUGGAGCGGACUACGUCUUCUUGUGAGUGUCGGUGCAAAAGACAUCCCCUGUGCACGGCAGGGUAUGUCCAAGUCAAGGGCACUCUGGUGGCUUCUUUGCUGGACUAUCAGCUGCCUGUCGCUCCAAGGGGCUCUCUGCGUGGCCAUCUGGAAGCUCUCGGUGCCGCGCUGGGUACCGAAUGGGACCGAGGAGCCCGUGUUAUUGGACUGCGAGUACGUGUACAACGAACACGACGUGAGGCUCGUGGUCAAGUGGUUCUUCAACGACCUCCUGGAGCCCGUGUACCAGUGGAUACCGGAGCUGAACUCGCGGCAGGCCAGCGGAAUCCUGGCCGGUCAUCUGGACGACUCCUCGUACACGGGGCCCUCGCAGUACAGGGCACUCCGCAUCAUACGGCCCACCACGGAGAUGAGCGGCCUUUACACAUGCGUUGUUUCUUCACUGGCCGGCAUUGACUCGAGGCAGCAGUCAAUGAUGGUCUACGUGCCGGCAAAAAACUUCACGCUGACGUACGUGACUACAGCAGUGCCAGCCGCGUCGCCCCCUGCCGCCUCCUCCCUGGGAACGGCGGCGCGAGCGCGCGUUGGUGCUCCCGCCGACAUCACCUCGUCAGCAGGCUCGACAUCGAGCGGCCGCUCGGGUGCCGGCGGACCCAUGGUCGAGGUGCACUGCGAUGCCCUGGGGUUGCACCCGCGUCCCACGCUGCGGUUGUUCAGCAUCACCCCGGACAUGCGUCGCACUGAGGUCCAGCGUGGACGGACGCGCAAGACGAACGGCACGUACGACAUCGAGCUUUGGCGCUCGUUUAACGCCGAGCAGCUGCCGCAGUCCGUGACCUUCGAGUGCGUACUCGAGAUACCCGGCACCGACUACGAAGUCCGCAGGCGGACGGUGUAUAGUCCCGGUGAGUGGACGCGUGACAUCAGCUGA